AGUAAUUAAAACGGGCAAUAUUCAUAAUGCCCGGGCAAUAUGAAUAAUGCAUAGCUAGUUUGGGCAUUGUGAUAAAUUCAAUUUAAUAUAUGGUAAUUUAUUACUUUGACCGGGCACUAUACAUAAUGCCAUUCUCUGACUGGGCAAUGCACUACACAUAAGCACGUAUUAGUGAGUCACCGGUAGACACGUGGCUAAAGGUUAUAUUUAAACAUUAUUGCGGUCGCAGUAGUUGUGCAGUUUACUACGUAACGUGUUCUUGUUCACAUCCAUCGAUAGUAUAAUACAUUACGUGCGGUUUUUGGUAAGUGUAUAAAUUCAAACGUUAUAUGGUGAUGAAUAUACAGUUAAAAAAUCGAUUUUUAGAUAUGGAUCAAUCAUUGCGUGAUAUAAACAACCGUUUCAACUUUCGAUUAACGGAAUUAAUAUCAGCUAAGGGUCGAAAUACUCAAAUUUUUAACAAAAAGGCGUAUUUGGAGAUGAUACAAAGUGUAAAAUCCUCAAAGAAUAAACAAACUUCGAAGUUGCCAGAAGAUUACCAGCGUUUAGGGAGAUAUGACGUAGUAACAAUUGGGGCCAUUGAAAAACUGAUUGUCCCCGUGAAAGAAGGUAAUUUGAUGAGAUAUUAUGCGCACACUGAAGAAAUAUUUCAAAUAUUACAUGACACACAUGUCUCCAUUGGUCACGGUGGUAGAAACCGAAUGGAAAAAGAAUUGAACCUUAAAUAUAAAAACAUUACACGGGAAAUGAUAGUGAUUUAUUUGAACUUGUGUGAAUCUUGUCAAAAAAAACAGAAGGUUCCUAAGAAAGGUCUAGUAGUUAAACCUAUCUUGAGUAAAGAUAUGAACUCUAGAUGCCAGGUGGAUCUAAUAGACAUGCAGUCUCAGGAAGAUGAAGGCUAUAAGUUUAUCCUCGUUUAUCAAGAUCAUUUAACCAAAUUCGUGCAACUGAGACCUCUAAAAACCAAACGUGCUGAAGAAGUUGCUUAUGUUUUGCUAGACAUAUUUACUAUAUUUGGCGCCCCGUCUAUCUUGCAAAGCGAUAAUGGUCGGGAAUUUGCGAAUUGUGUGAUCACUGAACUUUGUGACAUGUGGCAAGAACUAAAAAUGGUGCAUGGAAAGCCUAGACACUCACAAAGUCAGGGUUCAGUGGAGAGGUGCAAUCAAGAUGUCGAAAAUAUGCUGAGUUCCUGGCUAACCACAAAUAAAAGCAAGAAGUGGUCAGAAGGGUUACGUUUCGUUCAACUGAUGAAAAAUAGAGCUCAUCAUAGCGGCAUAAAUUGCAGCCCAUAUGAAGCCAUGUUUGGUGUGAAAUUGAAAGUUGGACUUAAGAGUUUUGUUCCUGAUGAUGCAUUAACGAACCUUAAUACAGAGGAAGACUUGGAGACUCUUUCUGAGGCAAGAGAUACUACAACACCAGAUGUAGAACGCAAUGCGUUCGAGGAAGACUUGAAAACCCAUCCUGAGACAAGCGAUACUGCAAUAGCAGUUCUAGACCGCAAUGCGUCUAAGGAAGACUCGGAGAUGGAAGCCCUUUUUGAGACAAGCGAUACUUCAACACCAGUUAUAGACCGCAAUGUGCCCGAAAAAACGACUACACCUUCAACGUCAUCUUUGAGAAAUAUUGAGCAUAAAGAUAUUGAUGUCAACUCGGAAUUAACUUUGGACAAAGGCGAUGAGAUAACAAUUUCACCACAAAUAAGUGAAAAAAUAGAAAACACCCGGAAAACGAGAAACAUGGCCUGGAAUAAUCUUAAAAAACAAGCAACUAAAAUGAUUAAUACAUCUAAUUCGAAAUUCCCUGCAGCAAACAUUGGUGAAACCGUUAGAGUUCGUGUACCUGAUGUCGAUCGAUCGCGCAGUGAUGAACGAAAUAUGGUAUAUUGAAUCAAUUAUAUACCGGGAACCAAUUCAGCAUUUGUAAGGAAAACUUUAUUGUUCAUGAAGAAGUGCCGAAUGCAGAAAUUUCUCUUAGGGAAUGUGCAAGACUGUCAUCAAUCAGUGGAGGACAGGGUUACAAUAGAUGCAACUGUAAAGGUGGUUGUAGAUCAGAUAGGUGUAAAUGCUACAAGGAUAAAAAGCUGUGCAUCUCAAAUGCCAUCAAAGUCUGAACUGUUCCAAUAAAUAAAGUCCAAGCUUAUUGUUUCCUGUCAUUCAAGAACUGAAUCUAACAAUGUUCAGAAUCUCAUUAAACAAAAUAAACUUACAAAGCUGUGUAUUAGUUAUGUUGCCCUAUUUGUACGUACCUACCAUUGUAAUUAUAAAUAUUACCACGUCAAAGUAAUAAUUUGCUUAAAUUUCUUACUUUGCCCAUUUUAAGCAUUAUUUAUAAUGCCGGAUUGAAAAUGGCCUAUUAAUUACUCGCCCGUAAUAGUAAUAACAGAUGUCUUUAUUAUUCUGCCCAAUAGAUGAUAGUCAUUAUGUAUAAUGCCCGGGCAAUUUAAUUAUUCCAAAUGACCUUAUCACAUUGCCCGCUCAUAUUGGUCAUUUUUC